AGUACUGUUUGCCUUAUUACAAUCUUCCAGAAAUGUUAAAAAAUUGGCACUUUACUUAUGCUGUUGUAACCUUGAAUGCUGAAGUAGCUGCUCCAGAGGAAAUGUCUUAAUUUCCAUGUAGUGAAUGAAAGAUGAUCCUGACACCCUCUAGUUUAAUGAUUUGUAGAAGUCAGCUUUUUUUAAAAGAGGAAAAAUAAGAUGGAACUGAGUUGAAAUCCAAGAUGAAGCCUGUUCAUAUAGCUUAAGUGAAGUAAGUGUGCAAUUGUGAAUUGUUUGAAGUUAGGUACGUGGGAAUCCUGAACAUGGUGUUCCCAACCUCAAAGUCUCUACAAGGCAUCAAGUUGUGGAAAGUAUGAGUUGUCUUAAGAAAUUUUCUUGUGUUUUUAAUGCCAGCUUCGGCCCCUAAACCCACAAGGUUUCGAGCACCCUGUAAUGGACAUUUAAUCAAAGGCAAAUUCCACGAAGUUCAGCUGAGCUGAGAGAAACGCGGACAGUACAGGGUCGCAGUCCUGGGCGAAGCCUUAAUCUGAUCUGCAGCCAGCAAAGAGUGACGCGUUUCCUCAGUCCUCGCCUCACUUACGCCGGACUGGCGCUCCCGGCUAACCGAAGCAAGCGCCGGGUCGUUGUUAGAGCUGCAGGUGUUUCUCUCUGCCGAGAUCGUUCCGGGGGUCACCACACCGCCUUCGCCUCCUUGGGGCCCACGUAGUCCGAUCUCCUCUCCCUGUGGCGCUGGGCGGCGUUUUCCCUCGUGAUCCCGCGAAAGUGGCAGCGGAGCAGCAGGAGGUGUCUUUGCCUCCUCCUCCUCCUCCUCCCCUUCGCUUUCUUUUCGGUGCCCUCCGAGCUAAUCAGAGCACAAAGGGGCACCGGAGGGGCGGAGGCAGGCCGUCCCUCUCGGCUCACUAAUCCCGCGGACGGCGUAAACACAUCCAGUGAAGGGGCGCGAAGAUGGCGAGGAUCCGGGUGGCGGCAUCUCUCUUGACUUCUCGAGCGCCGCCGGGCGCAGGCUUGGCCGGGCUGGUCUUGGCAAUCUGGUCCUGCUGCCAGCUCGCGGGCUCUCUCCCGGCUUCUUCCCUGGGCGCCGGGGAGCCGGCGCUUAGUCUCCACCCGCCUUACUUCAACCUGGCGGAGACAACCCGCAUUUGGGCAACUGCCACCUGCGGGCAGGACGAGAGCGGGAGGCCCCGCCUAGAGCUCUUCUGCAAGCUCGUGGGGGGACCCGCUGCAUCCCCCGCUGGACAAACCAUCCAGGGCCAGUUUUGCGACUAUUGCAAUGCUGCUGAUCCUAAUAAGGCUCAUCCAAUAGAUUAUGCUAUAGAUGGAACAGAACGUUGGUGGCAGAGUCCUUCUCUUUCCUUAGGUUUUAAGUAUGAUGAAGUGAAUGUUACUUUGGAUCUAGGACAGUUGUUCCAUGUGGCUUAUGUCCUUAUCAAAUUUGCAAAUUCUCCUCGUCCAGAUUUGUGGGUAUUAGAGAGAUCAAUAGACUUUGGAAGAACAUAUACACCAUGGCAAUAUUUUGCUUAUUCUAAGGCAGACUGUUGGGAACGUUUCAGAAAAGAAGCUAAUAGUCCUCUCAAAAAGGAUAAUGAUGUCAUUUGCACAACAGAAUAUUCUCGGAUAGUGCCUUUAGAAAAUGGAGAGAUUGUGAUAUCCUUGGUAAAUGGCCGUCCAGGAGCAAAUUAUUUCAGCCCUUCUUCCAUACUUGGAGAGUUUACUAAAGCCACAAAUAUUCGUUUACAUUUCCUCAGAACCAACACUCUACUUGGACACUUGAUUUCUAAAGCUCAGCGGGAUCCAACUGUGACACGCAGAUACUACUAUAGUAUAAAAGACAUCAGCAUUGGUGGACAGUGUGUUUGCCAUGGACAUGCUGAUGUGUGUGCUGCGAAAACUGACCCAGAUUCCUACAGGUACCAAUGUGAAUGUCAACACAAUACUUGUGGGGAAACCUGUGAUCAUUGCUGUCCAGGGUAUAAUCAAAAAAGCUGGCAACCUGCAACAGCCACUAGCCCAAAUCUCUGUGAACCCUGCAAUUGUCAUGGCCACGCCCUUGACUGCUAUUAUGAUCGUGAGGUUGAACGACGUAAAGAAAGUUUAAAUCUUCAUGGACAGUAUCAAGGGGGAGGAGUCUGCAUUGACUGUCAGCACAAUACAGCUGGUAUAAAUUGUGAGAAAUGUUUGAAGGGUUACUAUCGUCCAUAUGGUAUUCCAAUCACAGCAGUGCAUGGAUGUAUACCCUGCAGGUGUAGCCCUGAACAUUCCAAUGGCUGUGAAGAAGGAUCAGGUCACUGUUAUUGUAAGCUGAACUAUCAGGGUGAAGCCUGUGAUCGGUGUGCUGAUGGAUACCAUAGUUUUCCUUUCUGUUACCUAUUAGGCAGCCGUUGCAGACCAGGAUAUUUUGGAACACAUUGUCAGCCUUGUCAGUGUUCACGGUAUGGCUCCUACCAAGACACAUGCGAUCCAACCACAGGCCAGUGUGAUUGUCGACCUGGUUUCAUAGGCCAGCAAUGUGACAGAUGUAUCUCAACAAGUAAAACUUUUCCUCAUUGCCAAGGAGUCAUCAAUGAAUGUGAUCCUGCUGGAACCAGAGAUUCUUUUUCUGGCUAUUGUCAGUGCCUACAAAAUGUAGAAGGCCCAACCUGUAGCAUCUGUAAGCCACUUUAUUGGAACCUGGCUAGUGCUAAUCCUUAUGGAUGUAUAGACUGCCAAUGUGAUACAGCUGGAGUACUAAGUGGAAUUAGAGAAUGUCAGCAGUUGGGUGGUGAAUGUUACUGUAAACCUAAUGUUUGUGGAGGCCCUUGUGAUACUUGUGAAGCUGGUUAUUAUGGCCUGGAAACCAAGAAUUAUUUUGGAUGUCAAGGAUGCAAAUGUGAUGUGGGAGGGUCUGUAAGUCCUGUCUGCAAUGACCUGUCAGGUGACUGCCAAUGCAGAAAGCACAUAAUUGGGAAAACUUGUACGGAGCCUGAAAAGAAUUAUUACUUACCUGAUUUACAUCACAUGAAGUUUGAAAUUGAGGAUGGUAUAUCUCCUAAUGGAAGAGGAGUCCGGUUUGGUUAUAAUCCUCAAGAAUUUCCUGGCUUUAAUUGGAGAGGUUAUGUACAGAUGUCUUCAAUACAGCCAGAGGUGGUAGUUCCUGUCACUGUGGCUUCUCCUAAGCUCUUCCAUCUAGUACUGCACUAUGUCAGCUUGGUUUCAAAACACUCUAAAGGGAAGAUCUCAAUUGCUGAGGGAAAACAUUUUGACCCUCAUAACACUUGGACUGAUCAGAGUAAAGACAUCUUCUUCCCACUCAGUAAAGAGCCAGCUUUUGUAACUGUUCCAGGAAAACGUUUUGCAGAUUCAUUUUUAUUGGGACCUGGAACCUGGAUGUUUAAAAUCAUGGUAGAGGGUGUCCUUCUGGAUUACCUAGUCCUCUUACCGAGUGACUACUAUGAAGCAUCCAUCUUGCAAUUUCCAGUCGUACAGCCUUGCACAUAUUCAGGAUAUAUCCCAACAGAUAAUUGUUUGCAGUAUGAAUACUUGCCAGUAGAUAAAUAUCGCUGUGUUUUUGGUACAGAAGUAACAUUUUUCUUGCAUGGGGGAGAAUACCGAAAAACAACUUUCCAACAGCCAACAGUCAAACAUCCAGUGAUGUCUCAUAUUAAUGGUCAGGAGGUGAAUCUACAGAUCAAACUGAAGGUUCCCCAAGUUGGCCGCUAUAUAAUCAUCUUUGAGUAUGUCACAGAUCAUGACCUAAUGUAUGUAGGUAAAAUAAAGACUGAGAGUCUUGGGCAAGUGAUGGAGGCUAAAAUUAAUAUAUACAGCUGCAAAUAUAGCUUCCUUUGUCGCAGUGUUGUGAUUGAUGAUAUGGCUCGUAUUGCAGUUUUUGACCUUUUGGCUGAUACCACAUUACAUCUCAAGUCAUCAGCUAUAGAUUUUCUACUGCACAAAAUUUGCAUUAUUCCAACUGAGGAUUUUUCUCUGGACUAUGUGGAACCUCAAGUUUAUUGCAUUGCAACAUAUAGUCAUGGUUUAAGUGCCUCCUGUAUACCAUUGCAAUAUGAAAAGCCUCUUGAAGCUGUAGUUUUGGAUGCUCGCAGGAACAGCGAAGUUGUAGAAGAGUCAAGACAUGUGGUCUUCAGAGAUUCAUUGAGUUCUCCUUUAUCCUCUUUUCCCUCAGCUAAUGGUGUGACUCUAUCUUCCUCACAGAACCAAAUUACCCUGAAUGGGAGAGUCCCACAUAUAGGCCAACAUGUGAUCAUUAUACAUUUUUAUCAGCCAGAAAAUCCAACAUUUCUGGUGCAAGUAUCAGUGGAUGGAGGACAACUCUGGUCAGGUUCUUACAAUGCUUCGUUUUGUCCACAUACUUCUGGAUGUCGAAGUCUGGUAAUGUCAGAAAAUCAUAUUGAAUUUGAUAUCCUUAAACAUGACUUUUCAAUCACCAUGAAAAUUCCUAAUGGAAGAACAAUGGUAUUGGAGCAUAUCCUGGUUGUUCCAGCACAUAGCUACAGUUAUUCACUUCUUCAUAAAGACAGUGUGAUGCGUUCAACAGAUUUCAUCAGCCAGUGUGGUGGAAACAGUUUUUACCUUGUCCCGGGCAAUUCUUCAGAAUUUUGUCGAAAUUCAGCUCGAUCCCUUGUGGCUGCUUUUAAUGAUGGGGCACUGCCAUGCAAUUGUCACAGAAAGGGUGCCACCAGCCCUUCUUGCAACCCCGAGGGGGGGCAAUGUAACUGCAGACCACACAUCAUCGGUCGCCAGUGUAGCAGGUGUCAGACAGGUUUCUAUGGAUUUCCAUUCUGCAAACCUUGCAGCUGUGGAAGGCGUCUUUGUGAUGAUGUCACUGGGAAAUGUCUUUGUCCUCCACAAACUGUUAAGCCUAGAUGUGAAGUGUGUGUGAGGUUGCACUUUGGAUACCAUCCAUUUAUUGGCUGUGAAAAAUGCAAUUGCUCAAGCAAAGGAGUUAUCAAUGCUCUGAAUCCUGAAUGUAAUAAAAUUGAUGGGCAGUGCAGAUGUCGCUCAGGAAUAGCAGGGCGGCGGUGUGAUCAUUGUGCUCCUGGUUCUUAUGGCUUUCCCAACUGCAAACCUUGUAAAUGUAACAGAGGAGGAACAGAACCAGACAUCUGCAACCCACAAACAGGAGUUUGCCUCUGUAAGGAGAAUGUUGAAGGAGUGCAAUGUGACAUGUGCCGUUCAGGAUCGUUUUAUCUGGACCCUGCUAAUCCCAAAGGUUGUACUACUUGCUUUUGUUUUGGAGCAACCGAUAUUUGCCACAGUACAAAUAAACGUAGAGUCAAGUCCACCGACAUGAGAAACUGGCAUCUGGAAGCAGUGGGUAAUGCCAUGAGUAUUCCUACAACUUUCAAUCCUAUUAGCAACAGUGUUGUUGCUGAUGUCCAGGAAUUACCCCCCUUUCUACACAAUUUAUAUUGGGUGGCACCAUCAUCUUACUUGGGGAAUAAGCUUUCUUCAUAUGGAGGAUAUUUAAGCUAUCAGCUGAAAUCCUUUGGUUUACCUAGUGAAGGCAUGGCUCUCCUGGAAAAAAGACCAGAUGUACAGCUAAUUGGAAGGGAGAUGAAAAUGUCCUAUAUAGAUCCUAAUAAUCCUUUGCCAGACAAAAUGUAUUAUGGAUCAGUUCAAUUAGUUGAGGGGAACUUCAGGCAUACCAGCAGCAAUAACUUAGUAUCUCGAGAGGAGCUGAUGAUGGUCCUGUCUAGACUUAAUGGAUUACAAAUCAGAGGUCUUUACUUCACAGAAACUCAGCGGUUAACCUUGGGCGAUGUUGGUCUGGAAGAAGCCACCAGUACAGGAAAUGGUAAUAUCGCUUAUGCUGUAGAGACGUGUUCCUGCCCUCCUGAAUAUAUGGGUGAUUCAUGUGAGGAAUGCAGUCCAGGAUUCUAUCGUGAGAGUGUGGGUCUAUUUACAGGAAGGUGUGUUUCGUGCAAUUGUAAUGGAAAUUCAGAUAAAUGCCUGGAUGGUUCUGGAAUUUGUAUUAACUGUCAACAUAAUACUGCUGGAGAAAAGUGUGAGCGCUGUAAAGAAGGAUACUUUCGAGAUGCCAGUCAAGGACUUUGUAAGGAAUGUCACUGCCCUUACACAAACAGUUUUGCUUCUGGCUGUCUGGAAGAUAAUGGAGAAAUUCAAUGUUUUUGCAAAGAAGGCUAUUCAGGAAAGCAUUGUGAAAGCUGUGCUCCUGGUUAUUUUGGAAAUCCAUUGAAAUACAGAUACUGUCAAAAAUGUAAUUGCCUGGAGAAUGGCCAGCUCACAAAAUGCGAUCGCUUGACUGGGGAAUGCAUCAGCCAAGAACCAAAAGACAUAGAUCCAAAUGAAGAUUGUAAUUCUUGUGGGAGUUGUGUAAUCACAUUGCUGGAGGAUUUGAGUACAAUGGGAAGUGAGCUCCGAGUGAUUGAAUUUCAAAUGCAAAGUAUCAACACUAGUGCUCAACUGCUAGGCCAGAUGAAGCACCUGGAAGUCCGUAGCAAGCAACUGGAGAGUCUGUUGAAUCACUCUCGUUCUGUCAUUAAAAUGCAAAGUUCAAAGGUAGAUGAAAUGGAGACAAGUUUAUUUCACCUUAAUCAAAAUAUUAAUUCUCUGAAAGAAAAGGCUGAAGAUAAUUACAAGAAAGCACAGACUCUUUUAAAUAAUUUUAGUAAAACUAAUCAAAGAGGAAGAGCUUUAAUUUCAAAGAUCCAAUCUAUUCUCAUCCAUAUCAAGGUUCUCUUGGGACAGAUAGACGGCACUUCUACAGAAGGAACCUCUGUGCCUACCAAACCCUCUGCAAAACAGCUUCUGGAAGCUCAGCAAAUGAUCGAUGAAAUGAGAAGCCAUAAUUUUGACCAACAGCUAACGGAAGCAGAAAAGGAAAAAGGGAAAACCCAACACUUGCUAGAUCGAAUAAGGAAUGAACUAGAAAAGCGUAAAGCAAACAACCAAGGGCUCAUUAAAAUUGUGAGAGAUUCACUAAAUGAAUAUGAGUCCAAGCUCAAUGAUCUUCAUGAAUCUUUGAGAGAGGCAAAGGAACAAACCAAGCUAGCUGAAAAUUUAAAUAGAGAAAAUAAACGCCUCUUGGAAGAGAUUAAGAAACAGACAGAAGAGAUGACUGGGCAACAGAGUGCUAUAUGGGAUCUUCUGAAUUCCGCUAAAACAUCGGUGUCUCAAACAAACAGUAUAUUUGAAUUGUUCCAGAAGAGUAAGGAGGAAUAUGAAAGCCUAGCUGCCAAUUUGGAUGGAGCAAAGAAAGAUCUGGAUGAAAAACUGAAGAACCAAUUCUUAUCGUCCAGUAAGGAACCUUUGGUAGUGAAAGCGGAAAUGUAUGCUAACUCUUUACAAGACCUGGCAAGAAAGUUGGAUGAACUCAAGAAGAAUGCCAGUAAGAACGAGAUAGUGACCUGUGCUGUGGGAGCUGUUAACACUUUUGAGAACAUUACUGAUAUUAUUAGAGCAGCAGAAGAAGCAGCCAACAAAGCAUCAAGUGCAGCAGAUUCAGCUUUAUCAAUAGUGGAUGAAAAAGAUCUGUUUGGAAUGGCUGAAAGACUGAAAACCAACAGUGGAAAAGUGUUGAACAAAGCACGAGAAACACAAAAGACAUUGCAAGAUCUCAGUCCAGCACUUGAUGAUAUGAGGAGCAAACUUCAGGAAGCCGAACACAAAAAAACUACAGUACAGGGAGUUCUUAGAGCAUUCCAAAAUAAUCUCCAGGGAAUAAAGAGAGAUAAUAUAGAGAGCUUAAUCACAACUGCAAAUACCAUGAUUAAGAAUGCCAACAAUAUUACUACAAAUGUACUCAGUGAACUGGACCCAAUUAAAGCUGGAGUUGAGAACAUAAAGCAGACCUAUGAAAAUGUACAGAUUACUGAUUUCAACAAGGCUUUGAGAGAAGCAAGCCGUUCAGUAAAUAACUUAACAAGCAUGCUCCCAGAUCUGUUUAACAAGAUUACAAAUAUCAACCAGCAAGUCAUAUCAACAAGCAAUAUAACUGAGAAUAUAAAUCGCAUCAGGGAGCUCAUACAGCAAGCCAGGGAUGCUGCAAAUAAGGUGGCCAUCCCUAUGAAAUUCAAUGGCAAAUCGGGAGUUGAGGUUCGACUUCCUGAUAUCCUGGAUGAUCUGAAGGGCUACACGUUCCUUUCUUUCCUUCUACAAAGGCCUAAUAAAAAGGAAGACAUGUCACAACCGCAGACAUCUGAUAUGUUUGUCAUGUAUCUGGGUAACAAAGAUCGUUCCAACUAUAUUGGUAUGGCUAUUCGUGGUGGUCAUCUUAUUUGCGCCUAUAGUCUAGGAGGCUCUGAAUAUGAAAUACGAGUGACGGAAAAAAUGUAUGAGAAAAACACCAGGGACAUAGCUUUGGAUCAAAUCACAUUUAAGAGAAUUUACCAGUAUGCAGAAUUAGAAUACAAGCAUGCUGCACCCUCAGAUUUGUCAAUCAAAUAUGAACCUUUUCAAAUUCCCAGUAGGAAUAGUAACACUCUUCUUAACUUGGAUCCUGACAAAGUAGUCUUCUAUGUGGGAGGAUAUCCACCAGAAUUUACGAUUCUGCAUAUACUUUCAAGUAAAGUAAGGCCAUCUAUUUUUAGAGUAAAAUUGAACAUGGACAAUUCACAGAGUUUUCUUGGCCACAUUUUUGGAAGUGGCAUGGCAUUUGCCUUCUUCCAGGAUGUUAGAGAGAGGCUUCUAGCUGGCUUCAUGCCUAAGCCUCCUAGUACACUGGACUAUCAACAUUACAAAGGCUGCAUUGAAUUAAACAGCUUAAAUGACAGAGUUUUCAGCUUAUACAAUUUCAAGAGGACUUUUAAUCUUAACACUACUGCGGUGCAACCAUGCAGGAGAUACAGAGAACAAUCUGCUGAAUUUUACUUUGAAGGCAUAGGUUAUGCACAAAUAAAGGCUUCUCCAGGCAUAGGAGUCAUAAGAUAUGAACAAACCAUUCAAACUGCUUCAGAUGUCGGGUUGGUUUUCUUUGCAGCAAAUCAGGACAAGUUUAUUAGUUUGCGAAUCGAAAAUGACCGCCCAAUAUUCACAUACAAAGUUGAUUCACAACCUCCAAGAGAAAUAACAAAUGGAACUAUGAGCAGUGUAACAGAAAAACUGGUUAUUUUACAUAUUUCCCCCAAACAAUAUAUUUUUGGGGUUGACAAACUUAGAUUAUAUGCCAGCGUGAAUACAUUUCAUUUUGAUUCAUAUUACUUGGGAGGAAUUCCAAACUCUCUAAGAGAACGGUUUAAUAUACCCACACCACCAUUUCGUGGGUGCAUGAUGAAUAUUAAAACCUCAUUUGAACGUUCCAUAAGCUUCUCUGAAAGUUUUGGUGUCAGCAGAAAAUGCCCGGGGGAUUGGAAGCUGGUGAGAACUGCAAACUUUUUCAAGAAUGGAGUUCUUGACUUAGAUGAUAAAGAUUUUCCAUUUCCUGAUAAUUUCCAAGUUGGAUUUGGUUUUCACACAUUGGCAGUUAAUGGAAUGCUAUUAAGUUAUAAAAUACGGCUUGCUGAUUUUACUGUUUUCCUAAGAAAUGGCUAUGUAAUUGUAAACUUGGCUGAUGAAGAAAUCCAAUCGAGCAAAAAAUGUGAAAUUGGUUCAAUGCAUUACAUAACAGUGAUAAAAGAAGAUGAUACGCUGACGUUAUUAGUUGAUGAUAUGCCUAACUCAAAAACAGUUGUAACACCUGAAAGGAAAUUAAUAAAUCAACCAAUAAAACUGGGUGGGAAUAACUUUGAAGGGUGUAUGUCCAAUGUCUUUAUAGAAAGUUCAGAGCUACCUGCUCAGGUUCAAAAUUUAACCGGUUCUGUUAAGAGAGAUGUGUCUCUAGGGUUCUGUAUGAUUCCAGAACGACAAAAGCCAAUGCUGUUGAAAGAAUUGCCAGAUGCACACCAUCCAAAGAUUUCAAAGAAAAGGAAAACUAUUGCCUAUUCGACAGAUUCAAAUAGACAGCAGAACAAGAAUGACUGUCCUUCGCAUGCUGGGUUAAAAUUUGUCCCUGAAGCCUACCACUUUGGCAAUAAUCCAGGAACUUAUUUAUUGUUUACAGUAUCCCAAACAUCAACAGACAGAUCCCAUUUUGCUGUUGAUAUUCGUACAUCAUCAUCUAGGGGAAUGGUCUUCUUCAUGGGAGAUCAGAUGGGGAACAGAUAUGUUGCUCUUCAUCUUUCAAAAGGACGGUAUGUCCUUGCAGUUGCCUAUGAUGGAAAAAAAAUAAAAAUCAAGAGCAAAGCCAAAUACAAUGAUGGACAGUGGCAUACGGUGGUAUUCAGCAUUAAUGAAAAGAAAAUGCGCCUUAUAAUUGAUGGUUUGAAGACUCGCGAAGGAAACCUACCAUCUUCUUAUCCUUAUUCCCAGAUUGAUGCAUCAAUAUAUCUAGGAGCUGUUCCUUCAUUAAAUAUUCAGAAUAUUCCAGAGAAGAGUUUUGUGGGCUGCUUGAGAAACUUUCAAGUUGGGAGAAAACACAUGUAUACUUACCAGCAAAAUAAUGGUGUCCUGCCUUGCUUGGACAAUAUUUUGGAGAAUGGUGUUUCAUUUUUCAACGAAGGGGGAUACAUUAUGAUUGAAAACACUUUUUUAAUAAGCAUGGAAUAUAGGAUUGCAUUUAACAUCCGCCCAAGAAGUUUCACUGGCAUUUUAAUCCAUGCGGGCAGUAGUCAAGAAAACUAUUUAACUCUUUACAUGGAAGGAGGCAUGCUCACUGCCUCUGGAAAUAAUAGUGCUGGAGUGUUUUCUCUGUCAGUCACACCUCAGCAGUCUCUGUGCGAUGGACAGUGGCACUUUGUAGCAGUGUCUCAGAAGCAGAAUAUUAUCUACUUAGAUGUAGACACAAACAGAAAUUAUAUUGCUGCACUAUCUUCUAAGCUUUCUACCAGCCAUGCUCAGCCGCUCUAUUUUGGAAGAGUUCCAGUUAAUUUGGAAACACCAUGGCUUCCAAUUCAGGAUGUGUUCCUUGGCUGUUUAAAGAAUAUGAAAAUUAAUGACAAAUCUAUUUUAUUAAACAAAAUGUCAAACAUUCAUGGUGUUGUCAGCCUGGAAGGGUGUCCUGUCUAUUAACUGUUCCAUAUAUAUAUCUUCUGAAGAUAAAGUCAUCUAAUGUGCUAUAUGGAUAGUCACAAUAUGAUCUCUUUGAUCUCUUUCUUUGGUCUUUUGCCCUUGUUACCAUCACAGUUCAAAAGUAUGUUUUCAUAAUUGUGGUCUGUAUUGCCUUUCUUUGAGGUUUUUUUGAAGCUUUUGUUGUCCUGUGUACAAGCUGUCUAUGAAAAAGCCACUUGAAAUAUAAAAUGACCUUCUAAUAUAAUAUGGUGAUAUUCUGCUUUCAACAACAGUUGAGUAUAUUUAGAGCAAUUGCAUUGACAAAAUGCUGACUUCUAAGACUCUUGAAAUGAAAACAACUCCCAAAAGAAUUGGAAGGUCCUUGGACACAAAUAGAACCGAACUUCACAGAAAAAAUGUGGAAAAAUAAAAUAUUGUUGAAUUGUUGAAUUAUUUUGUUGUAGGUAUUGAGUAAUUGAUAAUAUAUAUAUAUAUAAAUUGAAUACGAAGCACUUUAAAAAUUGUGGCAUAUUGGAGGUGAUAGUCUUAACAGUUCUAUGACCAAAUAAAUGCAAUUUUCAUUUUGGAAAAUUUUGGAAAAUAUCAGUAUGUUUAUUGCACUUACAUACACCCAUUGACCUUAUUCAAAAAGCUUGACUGAAUAAAGACAAUGAGUGUAUAGGAUAGAUUUAUAUAAUUUAGUUUUUUCAAUAAAAGCAAUAAUUGAACAGAAAUUUUGCUUGUGUUAAGAAAACGAAGAUGAUUUAAUCCUUUGGGAGCCUCAACCUGAAGUUGCAAGAUCUGCAAUCAAAAGCCUUUUUUAAAAAUAUAAUUUUAUGAUUUGGCUUAGCAAUUUAUAAAUAUCCUAGAUUGUGAUUGAAUGCAGGGUUUCUUGCUACUGUAAGUGGGGCGGGGCUCGCCAGCUAUUCCUGGGCCCGGUGGCCAAUAGGCUGCAACCUGGUACCAGGCCGCGGACCAUUGGUUGGGGACCCCUGAUCUAUGUGUUCACUCCAUAGCAGUGAGAUUCGACAUUAUAUUUUACCACAGGAUAAAAGGGUCAUGCCCCUACCAGUUUCUUUUGCUUUCUAAUCACCACUGCCCUCUUCUCUUGUUCCACUUUCUAUAAUAUAUAUACAAACAUCUGGUGACUAGAAAAGGGGACAAACACAUUCAUAUGCAUCUAAUGUAUCAUUAAACAAGUGUCUAUUUGCAGCUGCAACUAGCAAUUAUUCAUCCUACUAUUUUCCCAUGCUUCCUUUUCUCUAGUUUCCUGCUUCCGAAAGUCAGCUGAAAUAUUCUUCUCUUGUACAAGAAAAGCUUCAAAUGCGCAUAGAAAAUUUACAAUAGCUAAGUCACGCUAUGAAAAUUCAACAGAAUAUUGCAACAAAUCCUUUCUGCUAUGAUUGUUCAUUCUUUUGUUUCAUCCAAUAAAAUCUGGCCAUAACUUUU